CUCAUCGGGAAGAAAAUCAGCCGUUGGAGUGUUUUCUCUUCACUGUGAGCUCCCUCCGUUGUAGAAUUAGUUAGCAGCCAUAUGUAAUUUGGACCACUUCAUUCAUUCAUUCAUUCAUUUUUUUCCCACAUAGGGCACGUUUUUUACUUAGCUUUGGUGCGUUAGCUUAGUUAGCAGCGUUUGCUACUGAGCUCCGUGACUCCCUCAGACGGUCCUCGGUGUAUGCCUCGGUGAGUGUUCCUAGCAGGCUGGGUGGUGACAGCACAAUGAUCGAGCGGCCAGACACUGCAGUUCCGAGCAUCGCUCAGCGGAACCUAGAGGGGUAUGUGGGCUUCGCCAAUCUCCCAAACCAGGUCUAUCGGAAGUCUGUCAAGAGAGGGUUUGAGUUUACGUUAAUGGUUGUUGGUGAGUCUGGUCUCGGUAAAUCCACUCUCAUCAACUCUCUGUUCCUGACUGACCUGUACUCCAAGGAUUACCCUGGACCGUCGCAGCGCAUAAAGAAGACUGUACAGGUGGAACAAUCCAAAGUUUUGAUCAAGGAAGGGGGUGUCCAGCUGACACUGACCAUUGUGGACACGCCAGGUUUUGGAGAUGCAGUGGACAACAGCAAUUGCUGGCAGCCAGUAAUAAACUAUAUCGACAGCAAGUUUGAGGACUUCCUUAACGCAGAGUCGAGGGUGAACCGUAGAUCCAUGCCGGAUAACCGAGUUCACUGCUGCCUGUAUUUCAUCGCGCCUUCUGGCCAUGGUUUAAAACCUCUGGAUAUUGAAUUCAUGAAGAGGCUCCAUGACAAAGUCAACGUCAUUCCUCUCAUCGCAAAAGCCGACACACUGACUCCUGAGGAGUGUCAGCUCUUUAAAAAACAGAUAAUGAAAGAGAUACAGGAGCACAAGAUAAAAAUUUAUGAGUUCCCCGACACUGAGGACGACGAGGACAACAAGCUCAUCCGCAAGAUCAAGGAAAAGAUGCCACUGGCUGUAGUUGGCAGCAAUGUGGUUGUUGAGGUGAACGGCAAAAAGGUCAGAGGUCGUCAGUACCCAUGGGGCGUGGCAGAAGAGGGCAUUUUUGUUGAGAACGGGGAGCAUUGCGACUUCACUGUGCUGCGCAACAUGCUGAUCCGGACACACAUGCAGGAUCUGAAGGACGUCACCAACAACGUCCACUAUGAGAAUUAUCGCAGUAAAAAACUGGCCGCUGUCACCUGUAACGGGGUGGACACCACCAAGACCAAAGGGCAGCUCACAAAGAGUCCUCUGGCUCAGAUGGAGGAGGAGCGCAGGGAGCAUGUGAUGAAGAUGAAGAAGAUGGAGGCGGAGAUGGAGCAGGUCUUUGAAAUGAAGGUUAAGGAGAAGAAGCAGAAGCUGAAGGAUUCCGAGGCUGAGCUGGAGAGGCGCCACGAACAGAUGAAGAGGAACCUGGAGGCGCAGUACAAGGAGCUGGAAGAGAAGAGGCGAGUGUUCGAGGAUGAGAAGGCCAACUGGGAGGCUCAGCAGAGAAUCCUCGAGCAGCAGAAACUGGAUGCCUCCAAGACGAUGGAGAAGAACAAGAAGAAAGGGAAAAUCUUUUAAAGCCAGAGAAAACCUCCCGGUUCAGUUUCAAACUCCUCUACCUGUCCAUGUCCUCUGAAGUCUUUGUGUCAUGUGGGCCUCAGACCGAUCAUUCAGUCAGAUGUCAAAUUCAACCUCCCCCGUAUCACACGACGCAGAAACGGACUCGCCUCUGCAGCGCCUCUGCUUCUCAUGAGGAAUGCAUGUUUGUGCUUUUCUAUUUGCUGUAUUUCUUGACAAAGAGGGACCUUCCUCAGAGUUACCACGUGGCAGGGACCAUGCAUAUCCAUUUGUAAACAUGUAGUUUUUCAGGUCCGCAGAUAGCGGUUUGUUUUACUGUUAGGAAGCUAGAACCCCUCAGACAUUGAGUGUUUGCAGUGUUGUCAGUCUGCUGACGCUGAUUCUGCUUCAGGAGCUGCUUGAUCCGACUGCAGACAGACUAGUUAGUGAACCCGUUCAGCGGCAGAUCUCCGUCUGCCUCAGGAAAGGGUAAGAAAACAGGAUUCUGUGGCACUAUUCAGGUUUUAAAACACUCGUUAACAAGGUUUUUCCAAAAUAACUUUUCUUCCCUUGUCUCUAGUUAAAAAUAUCUUCUAAGAUUAACGGCUGUAAACAAAUGAAGUAAAAGCUUCUCAGUCUGAAGCAUGUUUGCAUUCUGUCCAGCUGAAAAGGUGUUCUGCUAACCAGUUAAAAUCAAAAUGUUUUUUUUUCUUUAUAAUAGUAUGAAAAAUAAUCCCUUCUGAUUUCACGUCUGUUCUGAAACAUUAGAAUUAUUUCUGUUUAUUCUAGGAUAUAAAGUGAAGCCUCACUGGUGUGACAUCACAGUGAACAAAGGUGUUUUAUAUUGAUGGGUUUUAUAUCAUCCACCUAAACCCUCUAUCAUGAUUAUUCCCAAUAGUUUAUGCAAAAUUACACAAAGGAGGAUUUGUUUAAUCUGUAAAUUGAUAGAAUUCCAAUCAAAAUAAAGUUUUUCAUAUUUGUUUUACAAAUAAACUCACCUUUAUGUUGAUAAAUAACAGAACAGAUUUAAAGGGUUUAGUUUACUAUUUCUUUCCUCAGAGCUGUAAUGUUUUAUUUUCAUAUGAUGGAUAUAAAAUACUGGUUGUACUCUACCUUAAUCCCUUCUUUGGUUGAAUAAAUCCCUUCUUCCUCCUGAUAAAUAGCAGGGCAAACCCACAGCACAUAAAGUAUUAACUGUAUUUACCUGCUUCUGAUGUGUACAAACAAGAAGCUGUUCAGUUUUUCUUUUUUUUUUCCACAUUAUUUCAGAGCAGAACCGCAUUCAUCUAUACAUCUGUCCCCUUAAAUAAAGCUCCUCACAACUGCUCCCCCUUUUUUGUUUACAUCUAAUCUGAAAUCAUAAGAAUCUGUAACGACUGACCCAAAUGCUUAAGUUUAGCUGUAUUUUUUGUAAUAUUUUCUUUUUUUAUAUAUAUCUAUAUAAAUACAAUGUUUCUUCUUUGUUUAUCAUGUUUUCUGUCUCUUAACUGUACAUGGUUAAUAUUAAAGUUAUGCU